AACAUGGCAACCCUAAUUGGCUUCUCGUUUCACUUAAACGUAACGAGAUGAGUUUAGAGAUCAUUGUGAAGUCUUUUAAUCUUAUCCUGUUACAUCAAGUGAAACAAGAACACCGAGUUUACGUGUAAUUUUUUUCUAUUGUUCAAACAGUAUGAUGUCACAACAUUCCUCAUUUUAGUGUUGUGUGGAGCAGGUGGAACUGCAGUGCUCACUGAGCUAGACCACAUCUAUAAAGGUGCACAGACAGGUAGAGGAUUUGGUAUCAGAGUGGUUGACAUGAACUAUGAUUGAUCAUAUAUGUGUGUAUAUAUAUACACAUAUAGUUAUAUACCAACAGAGCAUAAUUAUAUACAUACAAUCCAUUAAAUGGCUACUCUUCCUAGAGUUUUCUUUUGCAGCCUUGUUAUGAUGAUGGUUGUUUUCUCUGCUGCAAAUCCCGGCCUUUCGCCUUUCUUCUACGACGCUUCGUGCCCACAGGCCAACGACAUUGUCAUGUCUGUCUUGGAGAGAGCUAUCGCGGAAGACCCGAGGAUGGCUGCCUCCUUGCUCAGGCUCCACUUCCAUGACUGCUUUGUCCAGGGUUGUGAUGCAUCGAUAUUGCUGGACAAGACGUCGGGGAUGGCUAGCGAGAAAGAUGCGGGGCCGAACAAGAACUCCAUUAGAGGAAUUGAAGUGGUUGAUGAGAUAAAAGCACAGCUGGAGCAAGUGUGUCCUCACACUGUUUCCUGUGCAGACAUUCUUGCCCUGGCUGCCCGGGACUCCACAGUUCUUAGCGGUGGACCUCAUUGGGAAGUGCCUUUAGGAAGGAGGGAUUCAAAGACAGCAAGCCUCAAGAAAGCCAACACCAAUAUUCCUGCACCAAACUCCACCAUCCAACACCUUAUAACCCUCUUCGCCCGCCAAGGCCUCGAUGAGCAAGACCUCGUCGCUCUUUCAGGGGGGCACACCAUAGGUGUAGCCCGAUGUGUGAGCUUCAGGCAAAGGCUGUACAACCAAAAUGGCGACAACCAGCCCGAUGCAACUCUCGAGAGGGCAUACUACAACGACCUAAAGGCGGCGUGCCCAAAAACCGGGGGGGACAACAACGUAUCGCCCCUGGACGUUGCCUCCCCGGUGAGAUUCGACAACACAUACUUCAAGCUGUUGCUGAGGCGCAAAGGGCUUCUCGCCUCAGACGAAGCGCUGCUCACCGGGGAUGUGCAGAAGACAGUGGAGCUGGUGAAAGGGUAUGCCAGUGAUGAGGAGCUUUUCUUCCACCACUUUGCAAAGUCUAUGGUGAAAAUGGGGAACAUAAAUCCCCUUGUUGGGUUGAAGGGGGAGAUUAGGCACAACUGUCAUCAUGUCAACUGAUGAAACAUUAUGGUGUAUUGGUGUGAUUGAUUAAUGUUUGUUGUGUUUCAAUUCUGUGGUUUUAGUGAACAAGCUAAGUUGAAGCUGCGUAAGAUGUUUGUGAACUGUGAAUUGAAAUGAAAUGUGAGUAUGAA